GCAGCUGGCUCUUUGAACCGGCGGUUCUGGACUCAGUACUCGGAGUAUGUCGGGCCGAAUGCGUUCGGUUUGGUUCAGUCCAAGGUUUGUUAGCCCCGCUCUCUGGAGGACCCUCAGCUAGUUAAGCGGAUGUUGGGCUGCAGAUAAACUUCGGCUUGUCAGCGUUGAGCACUGGGCUCGUCCUACCGCUGUUGUAGCUAGAUAACGUUGGCGGUUUGAGCCCUGUGGUAACUUGCGGUUAACGCUAGCUGGCUGUUGGUCAAAGGCCAGUGACAAGACAGUCGGUUUUGUAGCGUUAGUUUAAACACGGAACCUGAACGCAAACCAGUGAACCUCUGAGUGACGGCGAGCUUUUGCGGCUGGUGUAUAAUCUACGGCCCUAGCCUCGCCGAGCUCUGAGGGAAGCUCCAGGUUGUGAGCUGGUGAGCACGCAGCCAUGGUGUCCACCCCGCCGUGUGUCGGCGUCCUCUGUGACCUGGACUUCUCCUCCGCCGGCCUGCGGAUGCAGGUGGUCGGCCUGGGCUUCCUCUUCUACAGCUUCGUCUUCCUCACCGCCCACGGCCUCUCGGCCGCCCUGUGUGCAACCUACCGCGGCCUGCCCGCCAAAGAAAAGGUGUUUUGGGACCUGGCCGUCACACGGGCACUGUUCGGCGUGCAGGGCACGGCGGCAGGCAUCGGGGCGCUCACCGAGGACGGCGCCUUGUUUGCGGACAAGAUGCGCGGACAGGCAGGCUGGUCGUGGUUCACCGUGCUGACCGCCCUGGGCUUCUUCCUGUUCGAGAACAUGGCUCUGCAUUGCUCCGGCCUGGUCUUUGGAUCGCUUGACCUGACCCUGGCCCUCCACCACGCCUACGCCCUGGUCGGCUACACCUGGGCAGCGGGCAGCGUCACGCUAGGUCACUUCCUGCCCGUGUUCACCCUGUUGUUGGAGAUGAGCACACCGUUCACCUGCGUGUCUUGGGUGAUGCUCAAGGCCGGCUGGUCACGGACUCUGCUCUGGAAGGCCAAUCAGUGGGUGAUGAUUCACAUGUUCCACUGCAGAAUGGUUAUUUCCUACUACAUGUGGUGGGUGUGCUGGAGCUACUGGGAGGAGAUGAAGACACACGUGGCCCUGGUCCCCAGGCUGGUCUUCCUCACGGGUCUGACCCUCCUCACCCUCGUCUUCAACCCCGUUUGGACACACAAGAAGACCAUGCAGCUGCUCAACCCGGUGGACUGGAACUUCGGAGAUAAGCCGCCUCCCGAGAAUGGGCCCCAGCAAAAGAAGCCUCACUCCAGCUGAUCAGAGCAGACACCCGUGGGCUGAUGGGAAAUGGUGUCUCUUCUUAAGCCUGGAGGUGUCUGAUUGGGAUAAGGGCUGAUGGUACAGUUCUUAUUGAUUGUUUGUUACUUCAGAGCUCUGUGGUCAAACUUAUUUUUUAUGCUGGAUCUUGAGAGAGAGAUAUUUUUGUAUUAAGCUUCUGGAAGCAGGUUACUAAGCGACGCCAUACUAAUGCAAAGAGUAAUGCGUGUUUUUCAAGUAAGGCAAUCUUGCUAAAUAAAUAUAAACCAAAUGUCAGUGAAUUUCCAACUACAGAACCAAAAUCUGAGUUUUCCGCUUAGGGUUUUUGAUGAGCAGUUUUGUCCCGAUGUUUGGUGUAUAUGUAACUUAUUGUAUUUAGCAGUUAGUCCAAUGGUUUAUCGGGUCUUGUGCUCUACUGUCAAAUCUUAUUACGGGUGAACAGACCAUUUGGGUCAACAACCACAGUGCAGAUCACCUGUCUGCAAGAGAGUCUUUGCACUGCAAGCUGUUGGCAAGCGAGGGAGAACGGAAGAGCUAUCUUUCUCUCACCUUGCCUGUCGAGUUCAGAGUUCUCAAGCUUACCAUUUUUUAUUUAUAGCAUUUAAAAUUCAAAUGUUCUCUUGAUGUUGCCUGUCUGCUGGCAACAACAGAUUAUAUGAAGUCUAAGAUACACACCAGUGUGUCUAUAAAACUGCCACGUAGUAAUUAAAUAGGAAAGACAUUUUUCUCUGGGAUUAAUUAAAGUGGACCGCAAGUUUGCGCUGGUUGACCUUCAUUUAAGCAGCGCUCUGCUUUUUGCAGUGUUUUAUGGUGUAAUAGGUGGUAAGAGGUGUUUCAGACUUUAUGAUUUGUUUGCUGAAUGGACAUUUAUUUCGUCCUAUUUAUAUCCAUGGAUGAACUUCACUAACAGCCUGAUCGUGUCAUUCUCCAACCCAUUAAAGUUUUGGUGUUUUGGCACCAGCUCAGUGGAGCGCUGUGCUUUUUAAGAUACGGCACUUUGAGAGGAUGUUUGGUUCAGCUUAUUACGAGUGGCAGUGGAACGUCUAACUUGAUUUAAUUACAAGACCUCACGAAACCUGUGACAGAGCCCAGCCUGUCUAGCUGUUCAGCAUUCUUCAUUCAUUUUGAAAAGUACUUUUUUUUUUUUUUCUAAUUAAACCAGGCCCUGCUCAGACUCGAGGUCAGUGAGUUCAUGAGAAGAGCCGAGAGGAUGUAUUCUGAAUGAUUACAACUAUUACCACUGUUUAGUGGUAAUAGUCAAUACUCAAUACUCAUCAUUACUGUUACAUUAUAGCUCUCAUACGUUUGCCUUGCUAGCGUCCUGUGACGUAACAAAAUGGCGCAGUGUUUUUUUUUCUUUCUUCUUAGCUGUUGCAUUGGCAUGUAGCGGGUUCCUACUCGUAAACCAUAAAUACCGUGCUUCCAGGUAUCAUGGAAGGAAAUGUGUGCCUCCCUGCUUGUAGCGAGCCUGGGGGGGGUGCAUUCCUCUUCCACAAGUUGCAUUAUUCCCCCCCCCCAAAAAAAAAACAAAAACAAAACAAAACCUUUCCUGUUUACCUUAGUUUCAGUUCUGCCCAAGACAUACUGUUGUAAAAUGGUUUUUCCACUGUGUUGUGUUAAAAUAAGCAGAAUGCCUAAUAAAAACUAAAUGGAACGCA